AUGGCAUGGCGCUUUGGUCAGCAGCCCAGCUGGGAAGAAAACGAUGGCAUGAACUACAUGAACCACCCUCUGGCUACUCCGGGUGUGGGGUGGUGUCCUACUGCAGGAAUCAACGAGCCCACGCCUGUUCAAUCUCCUGAUGGUGGCACAUCCUUUCCCACCUACCUCAUAUCUACCCCAAGCGGCGGUAGGGUAGCCUUCCGUGGGCCAUUUCUUCCGGACGGGGCGACAAGGCAGAACAUGUCUCUUCACCUCCGCGAUCAACCUGCCGCGAUCACCAGUCCACCCUCCCCACGGGACUCUUCCGCCAGCGGUUUCGUUCAAGCGUCUCCAGAAGGACCGCGCCUCGCAGUUGGCGAGACUAGCCGCCAGAGACGGAACUCGCGGACUCUGUCUCAAAGAAACAAUCGCACCGCCAAUUCCCAGAGAACGACUCCCUUGCAAUGCAAGUGGGAAGGCUGUCGCUAUCUCGGCGAAUUUCAACGCGUCUCUGAGCUCAUCCGCCAUAUUCGCACCCUUCACAUCACUCCGCUCGAUUAUCCUUGCCCUGUGCCGGGUUGUGACAAGAUCUGUAACCGGGAAGAUAAUCUUCUGCAGCAUAUGCGUACCCGUCAUCAUCUUCGUUGA